GGGGUAGUUUCUUUUUACGAAACUCAUCGCCCUCUGCUCUCUCUGCUUUCCAUAAAGUUGAAAUCUCAACCGCGAACCAACCCUUUCGCUUCAGUUCGUUGCCGCUUUCUCAACUUUCGCUCUCUAUCCUCCGUCCAACCAAACCCUAACACUGCUGAAUCUCACUUCCCUCUUUCGAAUCUCGUCAAGUGCACAACUCAGUGCUCUUUACCAAUCUCAGAUCUGUUACUUGAAAACUCGAUUCAUAGCGCUUCCAGCGUGUGUUUCGAUUUUCUUUUAUUUUUAGGGAUCCAAGGUUCAUUGGAUUUGAUUUUUGGAUUUUUUUUAUUGGUGUUGUGGUUUGAGGCGUUGAUUUGAAACGAAUCUCGAGUGGAAAUUCAAGUCCGGUUCGGUUUCUUCGUGAAUGCUGUGCGGUAGUGUUGUUUUUCUGGCUGUUACCACGUUUGAAUUUUCACGGGCUCUGUUCUUUGAUUUUGAUGGGAGAAGAAGCGAUUUGUGUGCAUGCAUUAGAAGAAGGAAGGAAGGAAAACAAUGAGGAAUCAAGGACCGAACUGAAGCGUGACUACAACCAAUGCAUUGUUGACACUGAACCUCACCUGUCUCCUAAUAAGAAACAAGCAAAAGAAGUUUCAAUUGAUGAAGUGCGCUCCGAGGUUUCCAACCCGAACGUUUCUGCAGCAGAGCAUGCGCUAACUUUCCAAGAUAUCAGUAGCCAACCAACUGAAUCGGCCAAUGUUAGUCAACCGACUGAAUCCGCCAAUGUUAGCCACGCAGAGUGUGGGGAACUAACGUCUACUUGUUUGGAGAAUUCAAGUUCUGUUGAGACCUUGAGUGAUGAAGCCGGUGAUCAGAAUAAUAACAAUACUUCUCAGAGUGAUAAGGACACGAGUAGUGCUGCAAUGACAUCCUGUGUCGUGAUGGAAAUUCCCAAGCAUGCUAGUUCAUCUGGGAUCAGGAAGAUUACUUUUAAGUUCAGUAAAAAGAAGGAGGACUAUGGUUACCAGCCACCUGCUCCUGUGCAUCGUCCUGCUCUUUAUACUGAUGGCAAUCCCAUUGGCUUUCAUGGGUAUGAUGAAGAAUAUUCGGCAAGGGAUGAUUGUAGUGGUGGGAUGCUAGAAAGCCCGUGUGGAAUGGGAUAUUCUCGGGAUGGAGAUUUAGAUUUGUACACUCGCAAUAUGGAAUUGAAAAUGUCCAAGAAAGUAGUUCCCAGCUGCUACCCUACAAAUGUUAAAAAACUGUUAUCAACCGGCAUCCUUGACGGAGCUAUAGUGAAGUAUAUUUACAAUCCUGGAAAGGUUGAGCUGCAGGGGGUUAUUGAGGGUGGUGGAUAUUUGUGUGGCUGUUCAAUGUGCAAUUACUCUAGAGUUCUUAGUGCCUACGAGUUCGAGCAGCAUGCUGGAGCCAAGACUAGACAUCCAAAUAAUCAUAUAUUCUUAGAAAAUGGAAGACCAAUAUAUAGUAUUAUACAGGAAAUAAAAACUGCUCCACUCAGUAUACUAGAUGAGGUUAUAAAGAAUGUGGCUGGUUCAUCUGUCAAUGAGGAGUCCUUCCAGGUUUGGAAAGAAAGUCUUCUACAAAGCAACGGCAGGGUUCAAGCUUAUAAAAAUUAUGGCACCAAGCUUGUUGGCAUGCCUCAUACAAAGAUAAGUCAAUCUGUAGAUGGUACAAGUCACUUGUCAUCUUUGCAUGUACCAAGUCAUUAUGAGCAGCAAAUGUAUAUGAAUCAGACCACUGACGAGUGGAAACGUGUGGUGAAAAAGUCAAGCUCCUACACUUCUAACUCAGGUGUACUGCUGAAGAAAAGUGCUGAUGGUUGCACCAAGAGAAGGGACAACGAUUUACACAGGUUACUUUUUAUGCCAAAUGGACUACCAGAUGGUGCUGAAUUGGCUUACUAUGUCAAAGGACAGAAAUUACUUGGAGGUUACAAACAGGGGAACGGAAUAGUCUGUGCUUGUUGUGAUAUGGAGAUAAGCCCUUCACAGUUUGAAGCUCAUGCUGGAAUGGCUGCUAGGCGUCAACCUUACCGACACAUAUAUACUUCCAAUGGAUUAACACUUCAUGAUAUAGCUCUCUCAUUGGCAAAUGGUCAAAACCUUACCACUGGAGACAGCGAUGAUAUGUGUGCAGUAUGUGGAGAUGGAGGAGAUUUGAUUCUUUGCAAUGGAUGCCCUAGGGCUUUUCAUGCAGCCUGCUUGGGUUUACAGUGUGUUCCAGACAGUGGUUGGCAAUGUCUAAAUUGUAGAGAUAAUGCUGGUAAUGGAAGAGAAUCUUCUAUUGUGAGGCCAAUCAUGAUACGGUUGACACGGGUUGAUAAAACACCAGAAUUUGAGAUGGGUGGAUGUGUUGUUUGCAGGGAACAUGAUUUCAGUGUUGCUAAAUUUGAUGAGCGAACUGUAAUAAUUUGUGACCAGUGUGAGAAGGAGUAUCAUGUUGGCUGCUUGCGGGACAUUGGGCUAUGUGAGUUGGAAGAGCUGCCCAAGGAUAAGUGGUUUUGUUGUGAUGACUGCAAUCGAAUAUAUGUAGCUCUGCAGAAUUCAGUUUCUGCUGGAGCAGACAUUAUUCCAGCUUCGUUGUCAGAAAGGUUAAUCAGGAAACAUGCCGAGAAGGGAUUAUGUACCUAUGGGGUCAUGAAUGAUAUCCAGUGGAGAAUUUUAAGUGGAAAAAGUCGUUAUCCAGAACAUUUACCGCUGCUUUCUCGAGCUGCUGCAAUUUUCCGAGAGUGUUUUGAUCCCAUUGUUGCAAUAUCUGGUCGUGAUCUGAUUCCUGUUAUGGUCUAUGGGAGAAAUAUUUCAGGUCAAGAGUUUGGGGGGAUGUAUUGCAUUGUUUUAAUUGUGAAUUCUGUUGUAGUAUCUGCUGGGCUCCUUAGGAUUUUUGGACGUAAUGUUGCUGAACUACCUCUGGUCGCAACAAGCAGAGCACAUCAAGGAAAAGGUUAUUUUCAAGUGUUGUUCUCUUGCAUAGAGCGGUUGCUGUAUUCUCUAAAUGUAGAAAAGCUGGUGCUUCCAGCAGCAGGGGAUGCUGAGUCAAUUUGGACUAAGAAAUUGGGCUUCCGAAAGAUGAGCGAAGAUCAGCUAUCCAAAUACCUCAGAGAGGUGCAGCUAACCCUCUUCAAUAAAACUUCAAUGCUGGAGAAGACGGUGCAGCAGGCUAUAGAAUGA